AUGGCAGCCAACUACUGGGCAUCCACGCAGCGGCGACACUGGCUUUUCUCUAGGGAGAAGUUGGCAGAUAUCCGGGAAGCAUUAUGGGAGAAGGAUAAAGUGGCCCAUUCGCAGUUCCCGCUGCCCGAUCAGCGGCUAUUGAACAUCUACUUCAACCAGCAGCUCAUUAAACUUGGCAAGCGCAUGUCCACCAGACAGCAGGCCAUUGCUACGGCACAGGUGUAUCUCAAGAGAUUCUAUACCAAAAAUGAGAUUCGGCAGACAAGCCCGUAUCUGGUGCUCACCACAGCUUUCUAUCUCGCCUGCAAGAUGGAAGAGUGUCCACAGCAUAUCCGUUUUGUGGUCGGCGAAGCGCGCGGUCUGUGGCCAGAAUUCAUUACCCCGGAUGUUGCAAAGCUCGGAGAAUGUGAAUUCGCCCUGAUAUCUGAAAUGAGCUCGCAACUUAUCGUCCAUCAUCCCUAUCGGACUUUGUCUGAACUUGAGACUGAACUAUCACUCGCCACAGAAGAAGUCGCUCUUGCCUGGUCGGUGAUCAACGACCACUAUCUGACUGAUCUACCACUUUUGCAUCCUCCUCAUGUCAUUGCGAUUAUGGCGAUCUUCCUUGCCGUUGUCUUCAAGCCCGCUCACCCAGUUACUUACCCCGUAACCGCGCAAUCGGCUUUAUCGGGCAGCCUCAUGAGCGAAGGGAGUGGGUUGCAGAUGCUGGCCGCUUUGUCGGACAAGACCGGAUCCGGCCCUCCUCCCAAGAUUCAAAAGCUCAUUGGUUGGCUCGCAGAAAGCGAAGUCGAUAUCAAAGCUGUUAUUGAGUGUACACAAGAGCUGGUCUCUUUGUACGAGGUGUGGGAGCAGUAUAGCGAGAAGAACUGCAAGGAGCUGCUUGGGCGGAUGGUCAAGAGCAAGAACUUAGACAAGUGA